AUGAUCCUUGAUGAAGUCCAGCUAAGCCGACAUCACGGCCAAUUCUAUCUAUCGAAGCCAAUAUCACAGGGGAUUUUGGAUGACGCGCUCAACUCCGCAUCGCGUUGCCCUUGCAGGCCCAGUACAGACGUAUGGCGGCUUUAUCUUGUCACUGACGACGCCCUGACCCGCUUGAAAUCAGCCCUUUCAAAAGAGGUGUCUUCAAGUACAGAUACGACUGUACAGACACUGACUGGCUCACUCAAGGAUACGAAUUCCGAAUUGGGAGCAGUGUUCGAUGGGGUUGGAAGAGACGAAAGACGUGGCGAGACAGAAACACAUCGACGCGUGACCAAAGCAAACUUCGAGUUCUUCGGAGCACCAGUGGGUGCGAUUCUCACAAUGAAAAAGGAAGUGAACCACCUCGAAGUUAUGGGUGUUGGCAUGUACCUCCAGUCAUUCUUACGGGCGCUGGCCGAGAUGGAAGUUGGAAGUUGUGUGGCAGCUAGCAUUGCUGCGUAUCAGGAAGUUGUCAAACGUGAAGUGGGCAUUGCGGAAGAUCUGGAGGUGGUUUUUGGUAUUGCAAUUGGGCAUCAGGAUCAUGAGGCGGGAGUCAAGUAUGUACUGGGGCCGAGAGAGGCGGCCAAGAUGAAUCACAGGGUUACUUUCUGGGUAACAUAG